AAAAUGGCGGAAGAGUUGUGUUUUCACAUUUUCUGAGAAGCUUCUAUAAAGCAGAGUUGUAUAUCUGAGGAACUUAGCAAAGAGUAUAAAAUAUGUCUCUCAUUGCAAGCYUAAGGAACACUGGAUUYUUAAGAACAUUUUGCACAGGAUUYUUGAAUUCUACACCACGUUUUAUAAGACCUUCGUCUUUUGUACAACCUACUGUUUAUUAUGCUCGCGGUCUUUAUACGAGUGCAGCAUUUAGGAGAAGUCUUCAUGAAAAUCCUCGAAAUGAGGAAAUUAAAGCAAAGACCGUUCUAUUGCUGGACAGGGACGGCGAUAAUCUAGGCAACAUGCCACUGGUAAAAGCUCAAAAUAAAGCUAAAGAAGAUUCUUUGGAGUUAGUGCAAAUACAAAGGCAAAAAGGGACCAGUCCUGCUAUAUGUAAACUUGUUUCGUCUAGAACACUGUACGAAUUAGAAAAAAAAGGCAAAAGCAAACAGGGAUCCAAAACUAAGGUGCUUAAGAUCACAGGAAGAAUUGCACCUCAGGAUCUAGUUUGGAAAUCUAAGAAAAUUCGGGAUUUCCUGGACCAUGGGCACUUUGUGAAAGUCUUAAUCACACGCAAGCCUUACCAGKAAAUUAGUGUUUCAGAAAAAAUGGAAAUUGUUUCCAAGAUAAAGGAAGAUGUGAAAGAUGUUGGCAUGUUAGAUGGAUACCCCAAAGAGAUUGGGGCACUGGCUGUAACAUGUAAAUUUAAACCUAUAGUACAAAAUUCAAAAGCCGAAUAGACAGUAAACAUUUUCAUCAAUACAUGUUCUGUGACUUGGGGAUAUUAUUUUCAUAAACUAUUAUCAUGUUGUAGCACAAGAAGAGUGGAUAUGUCAAAACCAUAUAAAUUUUUUUGUGAGCUGGGAGCAAGGGUAUAAGUUUUCUAUAAUAAAUAAAAGCCUAAGUCCUAA